AUGCUCGCUGGCCGAAAUAGCUUAUCUUCUGUAAUGAACCGUGGAGAAAACGAAGUAAAAGAUGGCGUUACCAGGUACCCGAACUUGUUAUCGCAGUUUGUUCUGGUUACUUUAGGAACAGUCGAUGUUGAUUCUUCAAUGCGUCCGCGUAGUAUAAUUAGCCUUGCCGUAAAUGUUCUUUGUGAAAAAACACGCAUUGCACCAACAGUAUUGAUGAGGGUUUUUUAUGAUCAGAUUACUGUAAAUACUUCAAAGGACACCGUUAGUACCCGGUUUGACGCUGACGAUAUAGAAGUCGCUGUUCUUUAUCCUGAUAACCAUCAACUCUUUGCUGAUCGUCGUUGUCACGUAUUUGGUGUUUAUGAACAGCUGAUAUUUCACAGCGUUCAUACAAAAUACACUGCAGCUUAUGGGAUUAACUGCACAUGCCCGCAAGGAAGUGGUGGGAAUUAUAGAAGCUUCUGUAACGAAUUCCCGCAUUCUUCGCGUCCAGUGCUACAAUAUAUCCGCUUCAUGCGAACUUCGCCAGUGUGCCCGAACACUUCUGCUGUACUCAUUCUCUGCAAAGUACCACUGAAGAAAGAGGACACUCAGUUCGAAGUUAGCCUUAUCUGACAUUCAUUAAGGACCAUAACAGCUUCGACAAAUCCAAAACCCAUCGCCACUCCCACUGGACAAGCAAAAGAAGCAACUUCAACAAAUGAGUGUCGUAACCACCAGCGGAAUUUUUCACCUGCCAGUAAACGUAAAGUUGGGGUUUACAUCGUUAUAAUAAUUCAAUCUCUACUUCCAAAUUUUUUAAUUAUAAUUUUACUGGAAGGUUUUAUUGGACGGCAUUUGAGUUUUAAAUUACAAGGGAGGAAACUCAGCGAGGAAUCGCAUAUUAGGGGACGAUUUGCCGCGCUGGUUAAAUACCCCUCACGGAAAAACACGAACACAAGAGAAGUCCGUGAUCUUCGUAAAGGAUAUUUUCUUAGUGAUAACGGACUCCCAAGUAAAAAGCAGCCUCCGCCAGCUUUUGAAGACGUCUUCAAUGAUUCAAACCUUAGAGACUCGUUUCGGUGUUAUCUUGAAACUGAGCUCUCAACAGAAAAUCUCGAUUUCUAUGUCAUGGCAGAUCGGUUCAUCAAAUUGUCUGAUAAUCCUGCCGACAAAAUAAAACUUGCUCGUGAUAUAUACGGCAAAUUUUUUGCAUUGGACAGCGACCAGCCAUUAAAUGUUGAUAGCGAAACAAUCAAAUCAAUUCGGAAAUCCUUCUUGUCUAACAAGAUUUCUAGUGACAUGUAUAGUUCUGCGCAGAAACAAAUCUUGUCGCUCUUAAAAUAUGACUGUUGGCCACGCUACCUCAAAAACUUAACAGUCUCAUCAGAAGCCGUUAAAUCUGUUUUAACAUCAGAUCUUGGCAAAAAAUUGUAA